CGGAGGCUCUCACCCAGCGCCCCGCGUCCCUGGGGGGCGGCGGCGGCGGUGGCGGCGGCGGCGGCUGAGGCUGCGGAGGCAGCUGGGGGGUCCAGAAGUCAACACCAUGUCUAGUCUGCACAAGAGCCGGAUUGCAGAUUUUCAGGAUGUCCUGAAGGAGCCUUCAAUUGCAUUGGAAAAGCUUCGGGAACUCAGUUUUAGUGGCAUCCCCUGUGAGGGCGGACUGCGGUGCCUCUGCUGGAAGAUCUUGUUAAACUACCUCCCCCUGGAGAGAGCCGCAUGGACUUCCAUCCUGGCCAAGCAGAGGGAGCUAUAUUCUCAGUUCCUGAGGGAAAUGAUCAUACAGCCUGGCAUUGCCAAGGCCAACAUGGGUGUAUCCAGGGAGGAUGUGACCUUUGAGGACCAUCCCCUCAAUCCCAGCCCCGACAGCCGGUGGAACACGUACUUCAAGGACAACGAGGUACUGCUGCAGAUCGACAAAGAUGUCCGGAGGUUGUGCCCAGAUAUAUCCUUCUUCCAGAGGGCCACUGAAUACCCCUGUCUCCUCAUCCUGGACCCUCAAAAUGAGUUUGAGACCCUUCGUAAGCGGGUGGAACAGACAACACUGAAAUCCCAGACAGUGGCCCGGAACCGGAGCGGGGUCACAAAUAUGAGCUCCCCCCACAAGAACUCUGUGCCACCAUCCCUGGAUGAGUACGAGGUGCUGCCCAAUGGCUGUGAGGCCCAUUGGGAGGUGGUGGAGCGCAUUCUGUUCAUCUAUGCCAAGCUCAACCCGGGCAUCGCUUACGUGCAGGGCAUGAAUGAGAUUGUGGGGCCCCUCUACUACACCUUUGCCACGGAUCCCAACAGCGAAUGGAAAGAGCACGCUGAGGCAGAUACCUUCUUCUGCUUCACCAACCUCAUGGCCGAGAUCCGGGACAACUUCAUCAAGAGCCUGGAUGACUCGCAGUGUGGUAUCACCUACAAGAUGGAAAAGGUGUACUCCACCUUGAAGGAUAAAGAUGUGGAACUCUAUCUAAAACUGUUCUCGGCGGACACAACAUCUUUGUUGCAAGAGCAGAAUAUCAAGCCCCAGUUCUUUGCCUUCCGCUGGCUGACGCUGCUGCUGUCCCAGGAGUUCUUGCUGCCUGAUGUCAUCCGUAUCUGGGACUCCCUCUUUGCUGAUGACAACCGCUUUGACUUCCUUCUCCUCGUCUGCUGUGCCAUGCUCAUACUGAUCCGGGAGCAGUUGCUGGAAGGCGAUUUCACCAUCAACAUGCGGCUCCUGCAGGAUUACCCCAUCACAGAUGUCUGCCAGAUCCUACAGAAAGCCAAGGAACUCCAAGACUCAAAGUAGCCUGACAGCAAGAGGCCCAGAUUAGGGAGAACAGCCACGUGUCCUCUGUCCUCUGGCUCCUGGAAUGUGCAGCGUUCUGAGGGGAAGCAGCAGGUCUUCUGGCCUGCUCUCACAACCCAGGCUGCUCCCACGUGGGCGCACUGUGCUGUGCUCCUUCCUGGCCACCAAGCCCUGGUACCUUCUUUGCUCUUCAGCUCUGGGACCCUCUGCCCAAGCUGCUGAGCAGGAAUGGAGCUCCUGAACUUGUUUCUCUGUUGGGGACACAGGAUCCUGGCAAGGGACCUUCCCUGCCUCUGCUCUGUUGCUCUCCAUCCUUUCCUGCUUCCAGUUUCCUCCUGGGUGCUGGUUGGGGAGGUGCUUGGCAAAUGGGCCAGAAACCACUUCUGGGGUUGGUGCUUAGGCUUCUCUGAGAGGAAAGUGACACCAGAGGAGCUAAGCAACUGCCAGGCUAGGGCCACCCCUUGUCUCCCACUGAGCGUGUGUGUCUCCUCACAGCCGCCAGUGGUGUAUGUGUCCCAGAAUCCCCCAGGUGUCCUGCCUCUGUGUGCACAUGCAUUUGGAGGUGGGGAGGGUGUCUUGGAGCCCCUCCAGGUCUCCUUGCUUCCCCUUCUCUGUUUCUCUCCUCCCUCUGCUUUGUUCCUAGAGGUGUAUGUGAUACUCUGUUCCUCUCCCAUUAUUGUUUCUCUGCCCUUUUCCUUGGGGUGCCUUAUCCUGAGCCUCUCCCCACCUCUACUCCAUGAAACCUGGAGACAGAAUGAGGAGUCCGGCUCAGCAAGGCCCCUGAUGGUCAACCUUGGCCUUGGUCAUCCCCCAACCUGAGGCUCCCAGUUCCCCCAGACUGGGAAGGAGUCCACAGUGCCUCACUGGAGGGAUCUGAUCCUGCUCUCCAGAACAGAAAUCGUGGAAACCAAAAGUAGCUGAGAAAUGGUGGCCCAUGUUUUCUCUUGCCCCUGUUUUCUACCCAGGACUGGAGGCAGGAGAGGGAGCCCAGGUGUUUGCAAGAAGUUCCCCCAAAGGUCCUCCUGUCUCAAAGGAAAAGGACAUUAAGGUGGCUGUGAACAGGGGUUGGCAUCCAAGUGCUUCAGAAAUGUUGUCUUGACUUCCAGCCAGGUGCCAACCCAGGGGUGUUCACAAGUCCCAUAAAGGGCAUUUGGGACCCGAUGAAGCCUCCCUGGGUCCUGGUGGAGCUGGACAUAUAGAUUGGAUCCUGUCAGUGUCAGGGGGCCAUGUCUGCACCUUGGUGUGUCCUCCACACACCAAGGGGGGUGUUGGCCCUCYCCCUCUAGUCACCUGCUUGGGAUGUUCCCAGGACUUGGGACAGGGGUAUCCUGAGCAGGAGCCACUGACUGCUCCCAGUUCUGCAAGGAGUGUGUUGUGUUCUGACCACAUCCCUUCCCAGCUUUUGAGAAGGGCAGGUGGUCUGGAUCUGGAAGGCUGGGCAGAGCAAGGGUCCUCACCCUCUCCCCAGACUGGCCAGGAGCUGGCCCAAGCAGCCCCCAAAGCUUUGCUGAGUCUGGCAGGCAGGGCCUCCUGCUGCCCUGAGGCCGCUCUGUGGGCCCAGGGUCUCCUCCCCAGGUUUUUGCCUCGGGGGCUGCCAGGGCUGCUGCACUUGCCUCUUUGCCGCCUUCUCUCCCAUCACAGUCCUGGAGAUUCUUUCCUAUUUAUUCUGAUUCCUGGCUAUUUAUUGUAGGUUGGCAAGUGCUUUGGGGUGGGGUGGGGGCUGGGAAGAUAGGAGUCGGAAGCCUAGUCUUUUUGUUUCUCAAGGUCAACAUUGACAUCUUCCCCUGCUUCUGGGUCCUUCUGGAUUUCCAUCAGGUCCUGGCUGGGAUGGCUGUGAACUGGAGUUGAGUGUAGGGAAACCAGAUAGCUGGUGUCCAUGCCAGAUUCAGAGACCCCGGAAAUGGGGCAGAGACAUACUCUUGCCAGGCUGGCCACCCUUCACCCAGAACUUGUCAGCUUUAGUUCCACCCCAGCUUUGCCCCCGUCACAACUUGAAGCUUGGGCCACUGCCUGGGACCCAGCAGACACUGCCCAGGACACCCGAUGCAUUCCCUCCUACUUGUCCCUGGCUUCCUUCCUGGGACCAUACUACUUGAAUCACUGCGUCUGAUUUUCCUCAGUGGGAAAGUCCAGUGCCCUCCUUGUCCUUCAGAUGAAGGUCAAGAGCCCAGGGACAUGUCUUGGUUAAGCUGAACUCCCCAGUGGGAUACUGUCUGAGGAAGGGACCUACCCUUGAUGCCUCCUCUCCAGAUUCUCAAGGGAGAUCCAGAGUCAGAGUGCCUGAGGCUUCUACUGGGAAGCUGCCCCAGGACCUUGGUCACUACAGCUUAAGCUGUGAGUGCAGAAGGUCUCAGUCCAGAGGGUCAGAGUGGUAAUCUGCUUUUUUUUUUUUUCAUGUGUUUUGUUCUUUGAAUCAGUGCUGUUGAUGAUGAGUUGUCUUUAAUAAAUCAUGUGUUCUUUA